CGGAAGCGGAAGCGGGGCGGCCCCGCGGGGCAGCGCGUGCCGGCGGCGGGCAUGGCGGAGGCGGGCCCCGCCGGGGAGAGCCCGGCCGAGGAGGCCCCGGCCGUCAUCGGCGCCACCGUGCCCACCGGGUUCGAGGCGACGGCGGCGGCGGAGGUGCAGGAGAAGCUGGGCUCCGCCUCGCGGGUCAGCAAGGACCGCGGCAAGAUCUACUUCGCCGUGCCGGCCCGCUGCCUGCCGCAGGUCCAUCGCCUGAGAUCGGUGGAUAACUUAUUCGUCGUGGUUCAGGAGUUCAAAGACUAUCGCUUCAAGGAAAGCAAGGAAGAUGCUCUAAAGGAUCUGGAAGAUUUGGUUAAGAAACUGCCUUGGACUGCUCCUUUGAAAGUUUGGGAGCUGAACAACAGCUUAAAAAAGAAAAAGACAAAACGCAAAAAACACAAUCAGCAGAGUUCUGCGAGCAAAGAAAAGUUGAAUGAGGAUGGAGAAGAGGAAAGAACAGAUCAAAAAGAUGCUAGUGAGCAGGAGGACUGUGCCCAAGCCGCAGAACCGGCUAGCGGCCGGGGGACAGAGGAGACGGAAGAGACGGGAGCGGAAUCACGAAACGGGGGCGAUGACACCGAACAGUCAGAGGCUAAAGACGAACUGCACGGCGGUUCUGGGGGUGAGACCAAGGCUGGCGAUGGCAAGAAAGGCGAAGGAGACGCGAAGGUGUUGAAGUUCCGCGUUACCUGCAAUAGAGCAGGAGACAAGCACAGUUUUACAUCGAACGAGGCUGCCAGAGACUUCGGCGGAGCUGUGCAAGAGCACUUCCAGUGGAAAGCUGACAUGACCAACUUUGAUGUAGAGGUUCUCCUGAAUAUUCACAAUAAUGAAGUAGUUGUGGGCAUUGCAUUAACUGAAGAGAGUCUUCACAGAAGAAAUAUUACACAUUUUGGACCCACAACUCUUCGUUCAACUCUCGCUUAUGGCAUGCUUAGACUCUGUGAUCCACAGCCAACGGAUAUCAUCGUUGAUCCCAUGUGCGGUACGGGUGCAAUACCAAUCGAGGGAGCUAUGGAGUGGCCUAGUUGCUACCACAUUGCUGGUGAUAACAACCCACAAGCUGUAAAGAGAGCAGCAAACAACAUCUGCUCUUUACUAAAGAAAAAUGAAAAUAAGGAGAGCAGUACCUCCGUGGGCAUACCCUUGGACAUCAUUCAGUGGGAUAUUUGCAAUCUCCCUUUGCGGACUGGUUCUGUGGAUGUUAUCGUGACAGACAUGCCUUUUGGAAAGAGGAUAGGGUCAAAGAAGAAGAACUGGGAUCUCUAUCCAGCCUGCCUCAUGGAGAUGGGCCGGAUCUGCACGCCAGGGACGGGUAGAGCUGCGCUGCUUACGCAGGACAAGAAAUGCUUUGCCAAGGCCUUGUCAAGAAUGGGACACAUCUGGCGCAAAAGUCAAACUGUGUGGGUGAAUGUAGGGGGGCUUCAUGCUGCAGUGUAUCUUCUGAAGCGCACCUGGGAAAGAGCAGAAAUAACAAGAUCAUUCUGGUAACCCGUGUGGAAGAAGACAGCAGACACCUGCAGAAUAUCUUGAAGAGCAGUUCAGUAAAGGAGACACCUGAGAGUAUGGCUGUCUGUCAAAUCCUAAGAUGAAAACAACAUACGCAGAAAUUCUGUAACAUGAACAUCGAACCAGGGAUCAACUUGAGAACUGCCAGUUGUACUAUGUGUUCUGAAACCACUUUUAGAUCAUCUCUUUCCACCCUGCCACCCAAACUGAAAUUCAGUGCAAUUUCUAAGCACUAUUAAUUUCUAAUUAAAACUAAUUAAUAGUGCUUUCCUUUGCCUGAGUCUUCUCUACUAUGUCUGUUGUAUUUUUUCAGUUAAACGUUUAUUUUCUCUGCUUACAGUAGAAAAUAUGUUGAGGUAUCCUUGGAGGUAACAGCUAAUUUUUCUUCCUCAAACUGUAGAAAUUAUACACGUAUCUUAAAAUGAUUAACAGCACUACUAAGCCUGUUACCUUGAAGGGUUUAGAGGUAGCAUCUCUUUAUUGUAGGAUGUUUCCAAUUCAACGUUUUUUAAUUUAUACCAUUGCCCAAACGUAAACUAAAGUAAUGUUUUUUAUAUUCUGGUAAGAAAAUACUAAUUACUAAACAGUAUGCCGAUGCUGCUGUUUGCGUUCAUACCUGUUACUUCAACCUAGCGCUAGUUACGAGUGUCUGAUUCCUAUUUUAAUGUACCACUGCUGUGGAUGAGGGAGGUACCACACGCAGCCUUAGCAAACUGUAGUUACUAUUUGAGAACAGAGAUACUUUUAGGAAUUUCAUUAAAAAGUUCAUGUUUUCAAUGUCUACUGUAGACACAUCGAGGUGGCAAUAUGUUUAAAUUUAUUAGAUGACUUAAACUGCUGUAGAUAUGCCACUGUAUUUACAAAAAUACAUCAUCCGUUCAAUAAAUUGAAGUUGCAGAUACA